AUGGGAAAAUUCACAACCUUGAGAGGCAUACUAAAAGACGAAGCCUCGCAAAUGAAACUCAAUAUGACUCAUACCUCACAUAAACCACCUUCGGACAAAUACGUCAAUCUCCUCCAAUCGACGAUUGACACGCGUUACGGUCCUGAGACAAUCGCUGCGGUGGUGGAGAAGUUGCGUUUGACGACGGACGUGUGUGUGGCAGCUAAAUGUCUCAUUCUUCUCCAUAAGAUGUCUAGAUCAGAAAAUGGACAUAAAGGAGAAGGUAGUGUUCAUGUGACUAGUCGUAAUUUGAUCUAUAAACAAGGAGAGAGUAGUAUCCAUGGGUUCAAUGGUGUUACUCUAAACAUAAAAGAAAGUUCAGAAGAUGAGCGUUUGGAGACUCAACGAGUCUCGUCUUAUAGAACAGAUUGCAUUUACAAACAAAUCGGUUUGUUGGUGGAUCUGUUCGAAAAUAUUAGUGGCCAGCCAGAAACUACAACAUCGAAAUCGAACAAAAUCGUUAUUAAGAUGAGAGAACUAAUGGUACAAGACUGCUUCACGGUCAUGAGAUUGACCAAGAUAAGGUUUGAAGAAUUGAAUGCGAGAAAAGCUAAACCGGACGAGAUGGUUUUGGUUUUGGUGAGGCUUGAAAAGUGUAAGGAGGCUUUGAGCGACUUUUCUUGGCAGCGCAAGUAUUUGGUUGAAGAUUUUUGGUGUUUGGUUUUGAAGUUAAAACAAGGGUAA